AUGAGUUCCUCUAGCAGCAGCAGCGCAGCAGAAGCAAAGCAGACGCAAAGCAAGUGCCCUGCCCUGCUCGCCUCGCCUACACUCUACUAUGUACCCUUAGCUGCUCUGCUGCACUGGGAGGAGCUGCGGAUGGGAGGAGCACCAGGAGUAACCUCGACCUGGAACGUGCAGCGUCCCGGCCGCCUCUCUGCCCCCCUUCUCGUGGAUCCGGGCAGGCAAGGCAAGCCGCAAAGGCAAAGACAAGGCGGAAGUACCUGCGGGUACAAGCUCAUUUUCAAAGCCCGGAACCGGCAGGGCCCCCAAGACGAAUCGAGGAUUUUCGCAGGGAAAUCAAAGUUGACGGAGAGUUCCGCAAUAAUCAUCUCGACGACUCUAAGUCUAUCACGGUAG